AUGGUGUACUACCCCACAAGGCUGAAGACCAGACAGACUUACUCAUGGGUUGGCAGGCCACUGUUGGAUCGACAGCUGCACCACAAAACCUAUACAGAAAUGUGUGUGAAAAUAGGUGAUUCAACUGAGAUUCACGUCGAAGUUGGACAGUUUGUGUUGAUUGAAGGGAAAGACAAUGAAAAUCCCCGUGUUGCCAAAUUGGUGGAGUUGUUUGAAGAUGUUGGAAAAGUAACGUUCCCGGUAGUAGCUUUAGCCCCAGAUGAAGUGGUACCUACAGAUCUGGAAAAUGAGAAGAUAUUCUUUGUGAAACUAUCCUGGAAUAAAGAGAAAUUCAGGCCACUCUCCCCGAAACUAUUUGCGGAGUUGGGAAAACUACCGGAAGGGAGCUCCAAGUGCCAGAAGCGUGUGAGAACCAAGCCUCAUUGCCUAGAAAGUCCUUCUUGCACCCCAGCAGAACGUGUGGUCACCAGGAUUGAAUCAAAGCACUCCGCCGCCAAGUCUCGGCAAACUCCCACCCAUCCUGUCACCCCAAGGGCACGGAAGAGGCUGGAGCUGGGCAGUAAGACACCUAACACGAGGAUGUCGCAGCAGACUUCAUGUGCCUCCUCAGGUUCUCUGGGAGUGAGUAAACGGAAAAUGGCCCUCUCUGAGAUCACUUCACCUUCUAAGAGGUCCCAGCCUGAUAAACUUCAAACCUUAUCUCCAGUUCGGAAAGCCCCAGAGAAAAGUGGAAAGAUUCGACUCUUUGGUACUAAAGAUGACAAGAAGGCCUUACCCGAACAUCACAUGAUCCUGAGAACCCGAAUCUCAGCUUUGGAAACCACAGAAGUUAGUGGGGACACAACACUUAACCCUGUCAGCGGGGGAUGGAGAUCCUCAGAGGUGCCUUCCAUCAUCCUGAAGCCAGUAAUCAAAAAGAGGGGUACAAAACAACAAGAAUCUCAGAAUGAAGCUACCUCUACUCCCCGUCGUACUUGCAGAAAGAGUUCUCUCUUGACUUUGAAUCGGAUUAGACAGCAGCUUCGGUUUCUAGGUAAUGAUAAAAGUGACAAAGAAGAGGAAGAGUUCCUGCCAGCAGCAGAGAUUUCAGACUCGAGCAAUGAGGAAGAAGAGGCUUCCACGCCACCCCAUCCAAGGAGGACACCCAGAAGUACAUCUAAGAACCUCCACUCUUCCCUGAAGUCAUCCUUACAGACCCCCUCCAAGACGCCGAAGAAAACCCCCAAGCCUAGAACACCACGUCAUGCUACUCCUCAGAUUCGCAGCCGAAAGCUGGCUGCCCGGCAGCCCAGCAGCGCGCUGGAGGAGGCCCGGCUGAGGCUGCAUGUUUCUGCCGUACCUGAGUCUCUACCCUGUCGAGAACAGGAAUUCCAAGACAUCUACAACUUUGUGGAGAGCAAACUCCUUGACCAUACAGGAGGGUGCAUGUAUAUCUCUGGUGUCCCUGGGACAGGGAAGACUGCCACUGUGCAUGAGGUGAUCCGUUGCUUGCAGCAGGCAGCCCAAACACGUAAUGUUCCUUCAUUUCGGUUCAUUGAGGUCAAUGGCAUGAAGCUCACAGAGCCCCACCAAGUCUACGUGCAGAUCUUGGAGAAGCUAACAGGCCAGAAGGCAACGGCUAACCACGCGGCAGAAAUCCUGGCAAAGCGAUUCCGCACUCAAGGGUCCCCUCAGGAGACUACAGUGCUGCUUGUGGACGAGCUUGACCUCCUGUGGACUCACAAACAAGAUGUAAUGUACAAUCUCUUCGAUUGGCCCACUCACAAGGAGGCCCGGCUGGUGAUUCUGACCAUUGCCAACACAAUGGACCUGCCAGAGCGAAUCAUGAUGAACCGGGUGUCAAGCCGACUGGGUCUUACCAGGAUGUCCUUCCAGCCCUAUACUCACAGCCAGCUGCAGCAGAUCCUGGUGUCCCGGCUCAAACAUUUAAAGGCCUUUGAGGAUGAUGCCAUCCAGUUGGUAGCCAGGAAGGUAGCAGCCCUCUCUGGAGACGCACGACGCUGCCUGGACAUCUGCAGGCGUGCCACGGAGAUCUGUGAGCUCUCCCACCAGAAGCCUGAUGCCCCCCGCCUGGUCACAAUAGCCCACCUAAUGGAAGCUCUGGAUGAGAUGUUUUCAUCAUCAUACAUCACUGCUAUCAAAAACUGCUCCAUGCUGGAACAGAGCUUCCUGAGAGCCAUCCUUGCAGAGUUCCGUCAGUCAGGACUGGAGGAAGCAACAUUUCAUCAGAUAUACAGUCAGCAUGUGACACUUUGCAGAAUGGAGGGGCUGCCGUAUCCUACCAUGUCAGAGAGCAUGGCUGUGUGUUCUCAGCUGGGCUCCUGCCGCCUCCUGCUGGUGGAGCCCAGCAGGAACGACCUGCUUCUUCGCAUACGGCUGAACGUCAACCAGGAUGAUGUGCUGUACGCGCUGAAAGAAUAG